CUUUUUCAUUCGGACUUCUCCUUUCACUUCGACUCGUUUGCUUCUCUUUGCUCGCUUCUUUUCUGCGCUGCAGUGCGUGUCUUUUUCCCGCCUCGCCGGUUUUCGCGCGCAGACUCACCGCGCCGUGCACGCUGAUGCGCUCAGAUGUCUCGUGACCGCCUUCUCCGCUGUCUCUCCCCUUCGUCUCUCGGUGUGUCUCUCUAUCUCCGCUGUCUCCUUCUUUCCACCCUCUCUUUUCAGCUGCCCGUCCCCAGAGAGAGUCUGUGCAGCGCGAGUCGGUCGUUCUGUCGUCUGCGGAAGGGGCAGGGAGAGCUGCGAGCGCGCACUCCCAGAGACAGGGUGUCUUUCGACUCGGUCUUCUUCGGUUUUUGAGAGACACAACGGAAACCAUCCCCAUUUUUUCGCAUUUUCUUAUGCAGCAGCUCUUCACUUCUCCGCCUCCGAGUUGCGUUUCCCUGUUGUCCUCCCUCUUCUGCGAGAGAGCGUCCUCCUUUUCCAGACGCGAAUUCUCGAGUCCAAACCUCGCCACGACUCGGCUUCUGCUCUCUGCUCGCCUUUCGUUUCCUCGGUCUCGCCUUCUCUCUUCCACUGCCGCUGCGGAUUUCUUCUCUCCGUACUUCCUGUCGCGCGCUCGACCUGUUCUCGCCCUCUGCCGCUGCGCUUCUUCGCCAGCAUGCAGCCGGCCGCGCUCAAGAGGGGGCGCCAAGGGCGUGGAGGAGAGGCCGGAGACCUUGCUGAGUCUCAGGUGCUCCUGCAGCGUCUCGGCUCUCCUCACAACAUCAGCGCCCUCUACAAUCAGGUUAUCGCGUCGACCGUUCAGCGGUGCACGCAGUUCCAGAGCCCGAAGGUGAUGGACGCCAUCGAGCGACAAUGGAGACUCGCCUUGCAGAGGAGAACGGCGGAGCUGCGGCGCUCCGCUCCCUCGCCAGGGACUGAGACGAGCACGAGUGUCGGCAAAUGUGAAACUGCAGCGGAACCUCAAAACAAGGCGAGGCCUCCUGCGCCUGUUGCGGGGGCGCCUGCCGCAUCUUCGCCUGCGGGUUCAAUGCAUUCUGGGGUGUCUGCCAACCCUCCUGGAGAAGGCAGGGAGUCGCCAGUAUCCGGAGGGCCUUUGGAGUCGGAGAACGGCAACGCAAACUCGGAAAAAUCAACAAAAGCGGAUUUACCUUCUGACUCUCUCGACUUAAAGCCAGAGGGACAGGAGAAAGACGCUGAAGAUGACGAUGAUUUCGCAGAUGCCGACGUCGACGAAGCUGAAGCCGUUGGCGGGCCUUGUCCAGGGCCUCCUCUCGGUUCAACUGACAGCCAGAUUGAGGCCUCACAAGGUGCCUCCCAAGAGAGCAGCCAACAGGAAAAGCCGCCGACGAGUGCUGACGCGGCAGGUGGAACUGACACAAGCAGCCACAUUCGCCCUGAGCUUGAGGAAAAAGAAGAGCAACUCGACGAUGUCUCCGAUCUCGAUGACCAGGAACCUGCAGCCACGGAUGGCAUCUAUGCACUCUACGACAAGGUUGAACGAUGUGGUUCAAGCGGGAAGAAAACAACCAACUGGAGAGUAAUGCUCCGGCAUGGCAUUAUACGAGCCGGCAGGCAGGAAAUUGCAUUCGAUCGCUUUUACGGCGAACUGAAGUUUUAGAACGGACGCGGUUUCUCCGCUCCAAACAGACUCGUGUCGUGAGUCUGUACUCUGCUGUAGUUUGUGGAACGUUGGCUAGCCGACAACACGCAAAUGUCAUUUGUGAAUCUUGUUGUGGAUGCGUCGCGCCCUUCGAACUAUUUAGAGGUUCUUCCGCAAUUUCGUCAAGGUCAAUGGUUCUCGGCAGCGACAGCAGAAAAGGGUUUUUUAAUCUUAUCGGCUCAGUUACUACAUCGACAAAAAGCUUGUCGACGUUCGACGCUUGUUGUGUGCAGUCGUGCCAACAGACCGUCAGUCUGUACACUUCCUCUGUGCUUAAAGCCGGUUCUCCACCUCGGAAAUCCUAGACUGCUAGAACUCUGAACAGAACAGGAAACAGCAUUUGAGCAAACGCAUAGACCGGGCACCGGGGCGUGUUCGUGCUUCUUGCUGAGACAGCGCUGCCUGACAGGAUCUAGCCUAACCAACAAGCUGAAU